GAGUUCGGGGAGACACCUAUUGUGAUCGACGGGGCCGCAGCGGAGGCGGAACCCUGGGGACGGUCCCGCUCUUCAGCCGGCUCCUCUUCGCCACCGCCUUCCGCCGUCCCGCCGUUACCCCAGCAACGGCGCCGCCAGCGAGGCGCGGAGCCCGGGCCCGGCCGCAGGAUGAUGCUCUCCCGGGCCAAGCCGGCCGUGGCGGGUACCCCGCCGUCGGGAGACAGGCGGAGGAAAAAAGGGAAGGAGGUGCCACAACUGGAAGAACUCUUGGCCCAGAGGGAUUUCACUGGCGCGAUCGCCUUGCUGGAGUUUAAACAGCAUGUGAGUGAGGAGGAGGAGGAUGCCAACCUUUGGAUCGGAUACUGUGCRUUUCAUCUGGGUGACUACAAGAGAGCUUUGGAGGAAUAUGAGGCCUUAACCAAGCAACCAACUUGCAAUCCAGAUGUUUGGGUGAACCUUGCCUGUACGUACUUCUUUCUAGGCAUGUACACGCAAGCAGAACAAGCAGCUUUGAAAGCACCUAAGAGUGGUCUCCAGAACCGUUUGCUCUUUCACCUGGCACAUAAGUUCAGUGAUGAAAAGAAACUGAUGAGCUCUCACCAAAAUCUGCAAGAUAUUACAGAGGAUCAGCUUAGCCUGGCGUCUAUCCACUACAUGCGGUCCCACUACCAAGAAGCUAUUGAUAUCUACAAACGCAUUCUGGUGGAUAAUCGAGAAUACCUGGCUCUGAAUGUAUAUGUGGCCCUGUGCUAUUACAAACUGGAUUACUAUGAUGUAUCACAGGAAGUGCUAGCUGUUUAUCUUCAGCAAGUUCCUGACAGCACCAUUGCUCUUAACCUCAAGGCUUGUAACCAUUUCCGACUUUACAAUGGGAAGGCUGCAGAGGCAGAGCUCAAGAACUUGACAGACAGUGCCUCAUCAUCUUUUGAGUUUGGCAAGGAGCUCAUUAAGCACAAUCUAGUGGUUUUCCGAGGAGGAGAAGGGGCUUUGCAAGUCCUACCUCCUCUGGUUGAUGUUAUUCCUGAGGCAAGACUGAAUCUUGUGAUUUACUAUCUCCAGCAAGAUGAUGUGCAGGAGGCUUAUAACCUGAUUAAGGACCUGGAACCUACAGCUCCACAGGAGUACAUCCUCAAAGGGGUGGUAAAUGCAGCACUUGGACAAGAAAUAGGCUCGAGAGAUCAUCUGAAAAUUGCUCAACAGUUCUUCCAGUUGGUGGGGGAAUCAGCCAGCGAAUGUGAUACCAUUCCAGGGAGACAGUGCAUGUCCUCCUGCUUCUUUCUUCUUAGACAAUUUUCGAAUGUCCUAAUUUACCUCAACUCAAUCAAGAGUUACUUCUACAACAAUGACACUUUCAACUUCAAUUAUGCCCAAGCCAAAGCUGCAAUGGGCAAUUUUAGUGAAGCUGAAGAGGUGUUCCUUUUGAUCCAGAGCGAGAAGAUAAAAAGUGAUUUUGUUUACCUUAGCUGGCUGGCUCGCUGCUACAUUGUGAAUAAGAAACCACAGCUGGCCUGGAAACUCUAUCUGAAGAUGGAGACCUCAGGGGACUCCUUUAACCUAUUGCAGCUCAUUGCAAAUGAUUGUUACAAAAUGCGUCAGUUUUACUAUUCAGCCAAAGCAUUUGAUGUUCUGGAGAGACUGGACAAUAAUCCUGAAUAUUGGGAAGGCAAGAGAGGUGCUUGUGUUGGUGUAUUUCAAAUGAUCUUAGCUGGCCGAGAAGCAAAAGAGACUCUGCGGGAAGUACUGCACCUUCUGAAGAGCACUGGUAAUUCUCAAGUAGAAUACAUUGUUCGCAUCAUGAAAAAGUGGGCCAAAGAGAACAGAGUCCCUGUUUAAGGUAGUGUCACAAAAUGAACCAGGUCAGUUGCUACUCUAUGGCUGGCUGCAAAACAAGGAUCUUGGUUUCUCCUGUGCAUUCUGGGUACCUCCUUGUUUACAGGACUUCAAACAUUCAAGGAGGUUGACCUGGCUGAGAAAGAGGUUCCAGAGUGAAAUUCAAAACAUUGAGCAAGUUGGGUUUUCUUUUAAUUAAAACUUUAUUGGUACUUUUUCCRUUGCACUUAUUUGACUGACUGUACUGGUCAAUCUCACUUUGAAAUUUAACACUCAAAACAUUUAUUCAUUCUAAUAUAGUUCAAGUGAGAAAUCUAUUUAAUUUAGCAAUCUGAUGGAUAAAAAGAUCUUUUGAAUCAUUUUCUUCAGCAUUUACCAAUGUCAUGAGCAAAUAUUCAUUAUACUUUUGGAUUUAUUAUAUUCAUCUGUUUUUUAAGAGGAACAGUUCAGGGAAUACAUAAUUCUAAAAGAAGGCAACAGUUGUAACAUAAAAAUGUGUUAUACAUGUGGUAGUAAAAAACAUUUGUAUAUCAUUUGUAAAAKGAAACUUUAUAUUUUAUAAAUUUUUAAAUACUAAAGUACUUUUUUAUCUUUUGAGGGGAAUUCAGAAUACCAUAUUCUCUACUGUCUGUGCAUUGAUUAAAGCUCUUAUUUGAAUCUACAGUUGAAUGUCUGAUUGGUCUGUGUUACUUCAUACUGCAAAAAUUGAAAUAGUAUAUUCAUUUUGCUAUGGAAAAGAGCAGGUUUUUGGCUGGUUGUUAAGUGCACAUUCAUUUCAUCAGUCAAAGGCAAGCCAAUGACCUUCGUCCUGAUCUUAUGGUAGUUAGCUGAAACUAAGGCAUCUGGGUGUAUAUGGAACAUGCACACCUUUCUGCAAUAUAACAUGUCUGGUUUUACUGCUUCAAGCAAAAAAUGUGGGUAUAAUCAUUCAGGUGUCUAGAAGUACAUUGAUAAUUGUGGUUACUUGCAUUUACAUCUAGAAACUGAUCCAUCACACUAGCAACAAUAAGCCUUUCAGCAGGGGCAAUGAUAUACUCAUUCCAAAGAGGUGUGAAAGGAACAGUAUUUUCACUGAAAACAGUUACAAAACACUUUUCACAUGAAAACAGCAUUUUUUUCUCCAUCUCAGUUUAAUUAACUUGGAAACAGUUUGGAAUCUUUGGAAACAAUUAUGAAUCUUGGUACAAAGCUUAAAAAAAUCAUGUUGGUGGCUUUGUAGCAGAUGUUAAAUGCAUCUAAUUACUCCCUUUAUUGAAGCUUAACCUGCAGGAGAGCUGAAGAGCAUCCAAAUCCAUUACAGAUCAUUUUACAUGUUGGUUGAAUCUUCUGGAAUAAGUGUGAUGGCUUUGCAACAUAAGGGCUUGGAGGCCAAUUUUAAAUUCUUUUGUCUGUGACUAGUGAAUAAGUUUUUAUUUACACCUUUAUUUACUGUAUCCAUAAUAUCACAUUUGAUAUGCUAAAUAAUGUGGGGUUUAGCUCAGUGCAUUUUAUUGAGUGGUAAUAGCUUUUAUUAUUUAAAAUGUAACAGGGUACUACAGGGUAAUUUGCCUUGAGUAGUGAUGAGAGRAGGUAUUUUACAUACUGUCCUAGCAUUUAGCUCUUGUUAAUAGAACAGAUCUGUAGGUACUAUUAAAAUGCAGAACAAGAAAAGUACUGAAAUAGUGGUGUUUAUUUUAUCUUAGAAAUACAUCUAGAAAGUGUGUUCCAUUGUUUAAACUGAGAACAAAGAUGAGUAGUUGUCUUAGCUGAUACAGAAAUGAAAAGUAGUGAAGAAUAGAUAAACAAAAUUUUAUCCCUGUCAAUUUCCGUAUUUCCCUAAACUGUGAAAAUUUAAGGAGUCAAGGUAUUCUAGAUAAGAUGGCUAGGAGUGAAGGUAGAUGUGGAGCAAAACACAUGACCUGUUAGAACAAGCAUACAGUGAAGAACGCAUGUGCAGAGUUGGGGAAUGGGUAAAUCUAUUGGGUCAGGAGUAAGUGAAUGUAAAAUUGAAACAGUGGUACUUCAGUUAAUGUAGUGAAAAGAAGACUAAGGCAGAAAGGAAUUGCUACACCAUUAUAAUUUCAAGGAAGAGUAUGGAAAUUACACUUAUUUCUUAUACUCUGAAUAAGCAGAGAAAAAUAAGAUACAGAGAAUGCAUAGAAGGUACUGUGUUAGCAAUCAUUUGACAGUGACUAGUAGAGAAAGCCAAACCCCAGACAUCAUGUAACUGCUUUUAGUUGGGUGCUAACCCAUUCCUGAUAAGAAAGUCAGCCUUGAAUUAAAUUUGUUAGUACCUGAAUAACAGCUAUAACAACAACAUCUAAGUGAAUUAAACUGGAGGUGCAAGUUCACUGUGAAAGAAAAGUCRUAUCACAUUCCAGCUCUAGACUGUAGCAGGCAUUUAGGUUUAUGUGGUUCCCUCAGCUUAAAGCUGGCUGMUUGGUCUUUAUAAGAAAGCUGUUUAAGUGUGAAUGUGGAACUUGACUAUUAAGUAGUCAGACAAAAAGUGAACAAUUCAUACGUAGCUCUUGCUACAUGUAGCUUUGCUAUAUGGGAGCUAUGUAUACAUUGAACAUCUAGAUUUUGCCCAUUGGUUUACUCUUCAACCAUUUUUCUGUAGGGUUACAGAAUAUUGGUAGCGGUAACAGAACAACAGACCUUGAAAGUCAAGCCUAUCUUCUGUCCUUGGUGUGGAAGAAGCUUGGAAUUAGUACACAUAACURAYCACGAGUGAAGUAGGUAGGCUGUGAGAAGAGUUUGUAACCACCAGUCCAUGAGAAACUAAAAGAACACUGCUUUGCUACUGUAAAAGGUAUUGUUUAUCUAGUACCAUAAAAGGCAAUAUUCUGAGACAAAAUAAUUGACUGGAGUGUGUUGUAGUGUAGAAUUACUUCCAGGUUGAUUUACGACAUAUAAGGAAUUUACUACUGUGCAAUAAAGGUCUUCACAUGCCAACAUGGAGUCCAUGCCUCAGUCAUCACUUKUCUCCUCUGUAUUAUCUCCAUAAGUAAUUUCCACUCACUCUUUCUGAAGUUUCACUUCCAGAUUUCCCUUUCAAUCUAUUCAUAUGGUCAUUGAAUAAGUAGAUAAUUGUAUGAAAGUGUUACCAGUAAAGGUGUUUCCUAGACUCCGUGCAUUAAAYUGCUUCUUGACUGUGACAUGAUAUUUAGGGUUUUUUCAGAACUUCUAUUUUCCUGGAURCAGUCUGUCCUUUGGAGGAGACAGCCUACCUUUUGUUCUACAAAAAUACAUUUUGUUCAAAUUGGCUCAGUUUUCCAGCUUAUGCAGAUCACUCUGCAUGACUAUCUCCUCCUCACUAAUUACUAGGCUGUUUCUCCGUAGCUAUUUAUUAGUGCUGUUUUACAGCUAUAUCUGGGUCAUCAAGGGCUAUGUUGGAUCCUCCAUAUUUCCAGGACCCCCAAAACAUUCUGUUAGAGAUGACUGAUGGCUGCUUAACUGAUGAAUUAUACUAGUGUCAAUUUAUAGAUUUAAAAAUAAAAUCUACAUUUAGUAAGAGCUGUGACUUUUGAGAACACAGUGUAUUCUUCAAAUAAAAAGAGAACUUCAGUUUAAAUUUAUGCUUACACAUUGAAUUGUGCUUAGUUGCUCCACAUUGUAUUAUUCUUGGUAAUUCUUUAGGAGAAUUUAAAAUAAUGCAGUAAAAUAAAUAAUGCUCUUUAAAAUGUUUUUACAAUAGAUCUUCAAGACCUCCGGUCUCCAGUUAUUUGAACAAGAAAUAUACUAUCUGAUAGUUAGUAGUGAUUCUCAGAUACAGCUGAAUCCRUGACUAAAAAGUGGGAUACUAUAUAUGCUGUUGUGUCUGAAUUGCACUUCCAUGAACCUAGGAAUUGCAUAGUUUGUUGUAAUCCUUAAGCCACACUUCAAGCUGUUUGUUGGAGAUGAGUGAUGAACCUUAGACUCCACUAUCUGCUCCUUGAGCAUUGUAAGCAACUUCCAUGUGGUCARUUCUGUGAAAAAACACAUGCAACAGUGCAGAAUUAUAUAAGAUAAUAUUUUAAGAAUACAUGUAAUAAUGUUGACAUUGUUUACAUCAUGUAGAAAAGAAUCAUGCUUUGAUUCCAGGAUUGUAUUGCUACAUUACUCAUGGUAACAGCUACAAUUUUCCUUGAUGAUUUUGUCCUUCUUAAGCAUGAUGGGAUCCUUAUGCCUGCCUACUCUAAAGCUACUUGUAGUCUUUUUCUUGCCUUACAUUAAUGGGUGAGGCCAUUAUAUGGGGAGCCAUUAUGUGACAAAACUAUCUUACUUUGCAGAGCUGGUGAAUUAACCCAUAUCACAUGAUGUCAUUGUGUCUCAUGAAGCCAUGUGUGAAAGCUGUCUCUAAGAAAAUGCUACAAAAAUUAAAUAAACCAAAUCAUAAACUGCCUGGUAUAUUCCCAUACUGGUCAUUAUCCUAAUGUUUUUAUUCUGCCAAUUCCGUCUUACUUUUGUCUAACUUGUUCAUGAUGCUACAUGUGCUGAACUUAUUAGUCGUUACUGACAAACUGAGAAGCUGGUUAUUUGUAUAAAACUGUGGUGGUUUUCCCCACCACUAAAGGCAGAAGAUCAAUUUUCCGGUCACAACAAGUAAUUUCUGAGGCAAGUUUUACAAGAUCCCCUACUCAGUUUAGCCAGUUAUUCUCAAACAAGUUUUAUCACUGUGUCCACUUUUCAUUCUGCACAUUCUUCUUCUCUGCUGAGUGUUUUCUCUUCCUACCUAUCCAUUAAUGUGAUGGGCCUUGCAGGACUACCAGACUGCUGCUAAAGUACUGUUCUUUUCCACUUCCCCCUUCCUCCCCUUGCACCACCUCUGAGCGUGACUUGCCUCGCUCACACAAGCAUUUGAGGCAAGAUUUUUUCAGAUUUGUGAAACGCUAAGUCCUGUGAAAGACCAGAAAUCAGCAAGACACUGACAAUAAUUCAGUCUCUUAAAACGGUGAGGAAGUGUUCCAGUAAGAGUAGACUGUACAAUUACUUACCAAUGUCAUGGUAAAUCUUUUAAGGUCAAAAAAAAUUAUAUUUGAAAUAGAACUUCUACAGAAAAUGUAACUUGUUUUCACAAGCACUUCAGCUAUGUAGCAUCCACUCUAUUCUUAAACUUGACACUUCUAUUGCUGCUAUUCUACACUUGUUUUACUGUGCUCAAAAAUGUUCCCAUUUCAUAUGUCUUCUCAAAAUACAACUUGAGGUGGAGAGAAUUAGUUUUAUAAAAUUUCAAUUAUCUAUUUAAAUUAUUCAUGUAUGGAAAAUA